AUUAAAAUGAACUUAUCUCCAAUAGAAUUACUCACAGGAACUCUGUGGUAUUGGUUGCCAGCCUUUUGUGCAUGGGCCAUGUUUCAUGUAACUUAUUUGAUAGGAAAGAGCAAAGAUGAGUAUAGUUUGAUCGAUAUUGCAUGGGGCAUGGGCUUCGUUAUCCAAACAAGUGUUCAAUUGCUUAUUUUAUAUUUCACAUCUACUGAUUCACUCAACUGGAGAGCAAUCUGAGUGACAAUCUGUGUUGCAGCCUGGGGACUUAGAUUAUCCUGGCAUAUUGGACUUAACCACGAGGGUGAAGACUGGAGAUAUGUCAUUCUUAGGAAAAGAUUCCACGAUGACGAUCCAGAAAUCUUCCAGAAGAAGAUCUACAGAUACAUUUUCAUGCUUCAAUGGGCCUUGAUGACUCUCGCAUGUUAUUCUCCAUGCAACAUCAUUAUCUGGUCUACAAACAACAAUGUUACAAUAUUUGACAUUCUUGGAGUUUCAAUUUUCCUGUUCGGCUUUUUCUUUGAAGCAAUUGGCGAUCACCAACUAAAUAAGUACAGAGAGAAGAGAGACCUAGCAGCAAGAAAUGGAAUGAAAAUGGAAAGAUACUGUAAAGAAGGCCUAUGGGCAUAUACUAGACACCCAAACUAUUUUGGAGAAGUUGUAGUGUGGUGGGGUAUCUUCCUGCUCAGCUUUGGAAAUAAUCCAAACGGAUUUUGCUAUUUCAGUAUUCUCUCUCCAAUCCUCAUGAACUAUCUCCUUAGGUAUCGUUCAGGUGUUCCUUUCCUCGAAAAGAAGCAUAUGAAGGAUCCUGAGUUCCAAGAAUAUGCAUCGAGAGUGAGUCCAUUCAUUCCAUGGAUUCCAAAGCCUAAAAAAGUGACGUCAAAAUCAGAGUAACUAAAUUCAAUGUA